AGUCAUUUCAAAGGAGAAACCCCAUUUUGGGCCUAAGCGUUACACGAAUGGGAUAUGUACCAAAAAAUUCGUCUAUUUUGCUUGAUUAACCUAUUGAAAUCUUAGCUUCAUUGACAAUGGCCAAGUGUAGAAAAUAAGUUGAAUUCAAUUUUUUGUUUUAAACAAUCUUUGUAAACAUCUGCAACACUUAUUUCAAUAUACGUAACUAGCUCCACAAACGUGCGGAUUAGAAUUAGAGCAUCCAUAAAAUAGGAUCGAUUUAGUGGAAAUCGAGUGUAAAAAAUAAUUAAUACUCUUUUGCUUUAGGAUAAAUGACUGUUUUUAUAGGUAUUUUAAUCAAUGUAAAUAGAUUAUGGCCAUCGAAUCGUGACACAACUACUUACAAUGGCGGCAAUUCAAAAUAUCUACAACUGACAACAUUAAAUAUAGCAUGAAAGGGUAGUUUUGCAUUUUUAUAUUAAUGUGACUAUGCCAUAGAAAAACACAAAUGUAUCAAAUCGUGUUAUGUUAUAUUUAAUGUUGCCAACUGAAGACAUUUUGGAUUGCCGCUAUUUAGUUGUGCCAUGAUUCGCUGGCCAGACUAUAAACUUAAUCUCAUUGAAUAACGUAACGUAAAGCACCAAAAUCUACUAACAAAAAUCAUUAAAAGAAAUAAAUAACUGUGCCAUUUAGUUAUGACACGAAAUCAUAUCGGCAACUGCGGCAAUUCAAAAUAUUUUCAACUGGCAAUCUUAAAUACAACAUGAAAAAGUCGAUUUGGUACUUUGAGUUUUUCUAUGGUGUAGUUACAUUAAUAAUUUUACUGGUGGUAGGAUCUCUUGUGAGUCCGCGCCUCCCGCCCGCUUAUUUUUACCGUAAAGCAGUAAUGCGUUUCGGUUUAAAGGGCGGGGCAGCCGUUGUAACUAUACUGAGACCUUAGAACUUAUAUCUCAAGGUGGGUGGCGCAUUUACGUCGUAGAUGUCUAUGAGCUCCAGUAACCACUUAACAUCAGGUGGGCUGUGAGCUCGUCGAUGGGUAUCUAAGCAAUAAAAAAUAAAAAUAAAAAAGGCAUGAAAUAAAAUAAAAUGAAAUGUGAUGAGAUAAUAUGGGAGCACGUAAUGAUUUAUAUUUUAUAUAAAAAAGUUAUCAUAUAAAUAUAGUUUUUCAUAUAAAAAAGUUUUCAUUAAAAUUAAAAUAAGACUGACCUAAAGGUCUUAGUUACCAGGUCAUAAAAUCCCUUAAAAAAUCAUUUCGUGCGCAGCGCGUUUCGCAUUACGUUGUUUUUAAUUUUUGGCUUUCGUUCGUUUUCGUAAACAACCUAACGCGCGAUUUCUCGUAACAGGUUCCAUUUUUAUUUUAAAGCAACCUAUUACAGCAAUAGGUUUCGUAAAAAAUUACUCAUCUUUAGUAGGAAACAGCCUCAAAAAUAUCGUUUUUAUUAAAAUAUCUCGAACAAUAAACAUAACCUAAAAUGUAAACAUUGUCUGAUUUUACCAAUUUGGCCAUUGCUGGGAGACCUGAAAAUUGGGCUCAUGAAACCUUCUUAGGUAUUGUAACUUAUGCCCAAAUUCUAGCACUGUAACGCCAGGCCCAAGUUUGUAUGGAUUUCGGGUUUGUCCUUUAGUACCUACAUUUUUUCAAUAAGCAGUGGAAUAGCCAUACGUGAUUUAAAGUAGCUACGACCACUCUCCAUAUGGACGAAUACUUCAAUUUAUCCAUUAAGUUGCGGUCUGAAGAUGGAACUGAGAGUAAGGAAUAAUCAUUCUUAAAAAAAUCGAAUUUAUUCCAUAAGCGCCUACGAGCAAGCGUCCGCAAUUUGGACCAAACUAAAAAACAUAUUUUUAUUGAAUGUUGUAAUAGGAGCAAUGCGCAUAUAUGUAUGCAGAUUUGCAUAUUUCCAUAUUUUAUGUACAUAUUUUGUAAGGGACUAUCCAACUUAGGAGGCAUUGCGGAUUUUGUGUGACUCCUUCGAAUUCACGCAGUGUAAAUAGCUCAGAAUUUUUGGUUGGUUGCAAUGAAAAAUUGAUUCUUUUUAAUAAGCUUUUAUUAUCUUACGUAUGUUGGUAUGUAUAUAACGGAAUCUUUGACCGUGAUUUUGAUACCCUUUAAGACGUCGGACUAACUCAACAUUUUGCGUACUUAUCAAGGAUCGAUGACAAUUCAAUAUUUUAAACAGUUAGAUCACUUAUUUACUUUAGGCAAUCAAAACAACAAAUCAUUUGAGCGCCUCCUUUUUUUCACUUAGCAAAUUAGAAACUGUUGUACAUAUUUGCCUGAAUGUAUUUUAAUGAACGAUCCAUAAUACUACUUAAACUAAAAAAUGAAAAAUAAAUAAUAGUUAAAACAAGAAACAAAACACGCUUUUAUAUAAAAUCCAACUAAAAAAUAGAAAAUAAAUUUAUCUACUAAAACAACUAUCUUAAUUAAAACAAGUACCUAACUACUAUUUACAUUACUACGACAACAGUCAACAUCUAAGGGGUGCCUGCCACUGGGCCCGUGCCACCCUUACAAUAAAGGGGAAGAAGGAACUUAGUACUAUUCUGUGGCACUCACCCGCCCCGGACUCCACUUUCGAGGCAGUCCGGGGUGGGGAGCGAUCGAACACUCUCUACUGGUGUGCGAAGAAAACCUUGUUUGUUUUCUGAUGUACCGCUCGGUUCCAACUACCGUGCGAAGAGACAGGAGACCUGAAACCUCGCCCGCGAAGCUCGCUGGAUGAGGUGAUACCAAGCCUCAGCUGCGUAAGAGAUACGGAACGAACAUACAGCGAGUUUAGUCCUGACCGGGAACCUGGAAGCCAAGACCGGCCGGAGAAGGAAUCUCGCAUGGCGAGACGCCGCUAACACGUUAUUGGCAUGGGCGACCAUACUCAACGCCCGGUCAACCUCGACCCCCAGAAAAUGUUUAUGCUCUUCAUAAUUUCCUUCAUAAUCGUCCCGGUGCUCAAAUGUUGUGGCACAGAAACUUCAACUUACACAACUCAGUACGAUGAGGUCGAUAUAAAGGAAAUUAUGGGCAACGAACGCUUGUUGGUAGCUUAUAUCGGCUGCUUGCUUGACAAAAACCCAUGCACCCCGGAAGGAAAGGAAUUGAAGCGAAAUAUUCCGGAUGCUUUACAAAGCGACUGCAGUAAAUGUAGCGACAAACAGCGGGAGAACGCCGACGCUUGGAUUGAAUUUAUGAUAGACAACCGUCCAGAAGAUUGGACAAAGCUUGAAGAAAGAUACAACCCAGACGGCAGCUACAGGACCAAAUAUUUGGAGGGCAAACACAACGCCACAAGCAACGUUGAUGAAUCUAAAUAAGGAGUAAAAAAAAAAUAUAUAAAUGUAUAAUGGAAAUUUAAUUUUAUUCGUCAAGGGCUCUAAAUAAACUUAAAUCGUAAAACAA